CUUGGCGCACGAAAAACCAACAGCUUCUACUUAGCACAAGCAGACCAAGCGAGCAAAGAUGGCUGCUGCUAGUAAUAAGGUUGGCGCCCUGCUGAUCAUCACCUUGCUUGCGUUCCUCGGGUCCGUGGAGUGCCAGCAGGGCUCCGGCGGCGGCGGCAUCCUUUGCCUGGGUGGUUGGGUUCGUCCAGUCUCAUCAGCCCUUGGUCGCCUGGGCUGCCCCGGAGGCCUCAUGCCGAGCCCUAAAAUUUUCAGGGCACCAAGAUCUGCCCCCUCAGGGGCAGCUCUCAGGGUCGGCUACUACAACUCGUGCCCCAACGCGGAAGGCAUUGUGAGGCAGGUCGUCAGAGACGCCGUCGACAAAGAACCCGGCAUGGGCGCAGGCCUCAUUCGUCUCUUCUUCCACGACUGUUUCGUUCGGGGUUGCGAUGCUUCCGUUCUCCUCGUGAACUCGAGUGGCUCCAGCGACCCGUCGGAGAUGUUGGGCCCACCCAACAGAGAGAGCCUUCGCGGCUUCGGCGUGAUCGACAGGGCCAAGGCGGCGCUCGAGGCGGCCUGCCCCAGCGUCGUGUCGUGCGCGGACAUCGUCGCCUUCGCCGCCCGCGACGCGUCCUCCUUCCUCAGCAACGGCAGGCUCAACUUCGCGAUGCCCGCCGGCCGCCUCGACGGCCGCGUGUCCCUCGCCUCGGAGACCACCAACUUCCUGCCGGGGCCCUUCUCCGACCUCGAGACGCUCAAGAGCAGAUUCGCCGCCAAGGGCCUCGACACCAAAGACAUGGUCACGCUCUCCGGCGCGCACACCAUCGGCCACGCCCGCUGCAUGUUCGUCUCCACCAGCCGUCCGGGCAUGAACGCCACCCUCGCCGGAGAGCUGAGACAGAGGUGCGGCGGCGGCGGCGGUAACGCCACGGUGAACUUGGACUACAAGACCCCCGACGUCCUGGACAGCCAGUACUUCCAGAACGUGAAGGACAGCGCCGUGCUGCUGGACUCGGACGCCGCGCUCAACGCCUCGGAAACGGCGGCGCUGGUGGAUACAUACGCCGCCGAUGUGGGGAGCAGGUGGGAGAUGGAGUUCGCGGCGGCGAUGGUGAAGAUGGGCAACAUCGAGGUGAAGACCAGGCCCAGCGCGGACGCCGAGAUCAGGAAGAAGUGCUCGAUUUACAACUAGCUAGCCUACCUUUCGUUUGGAGGUUGGGACGGUGCUCCUCAUAAAUAAUAAUUAAUCAUGCUAGCUCAAAUAGUACGUGAUUUAGCAGGCUUUAGCUGGAUCAGGAAUUUCUCACUCCACCUGGUGGCUGCUAGGUGAAAUGUAACUUGCUAAUGUAAGCAUGGCGUCCCCAACAAUGGGAAUUAAUGGAGUGUUUUUUU